GGUAACUCUACUAAUAGUGAGGAAUCUAAAAGAUGCACUCAACCGUUUGGUGUUGAUGGGUACACGUUUCGUUCCUUUAUAGCAGUCAAUGGACAUAUACCAGGACCAACACUCAUUGUAACUGAGGGUCAGUUGGUUAAAAUUAAAGUAGUCAAUAGAUUAGCAUCAGAGAGUGUAUCUGUACACUGGCAUGGGAUGCAUCAAAGGAACAGUAACUGGAUGGAUGGAGUGGAGCAUGUUACACAGUGUGGUAUACCCCCAGGAACUAACUUCACUUAUAUCUUUAAAGCUGAACAAUACGGUACUCACUGGUACCACUCUCACAGUGGAGCUCAGAGAACUGAUGGACUCUUUGGAGCUCUCAUUGUUAAAGAGAGGGGUAACACACAGAGAGACAACCUCUUUAGUCAAUUAACAGAUUUUAAUAUAACAAGCUAUAAUGACAAUCCAGCACAGCAUACCCUAACAUUACUAGACUGGCAGAAGAGCAGCUCACUGGAUCUCUUCACACAAAUACAUUCUGGCAUUAGGUACUUUGACAUUGAUAAAGCAUCAGAACUGCAAGGAAAUAGAGCUGCAGGAAGUACUUCAUCAGAUGGUGCAGAAAUAGGGCCAGUGUCUUAUUGGUCUGGACUAAUAAAUGGAAGGGGAAGGCAUAAUGAUGUUAAUUACAUCAAUUCUAGCUUAAGCGAGUUCAAAGUUACUGCAGGACAAACUUAUCGAUUUCGUUUAAUUGGUGCUCAGAGUCUUUAUGCUUAUCGUUUCUCAAUAGAAGAUCAUAAUUUAACAGUAAUAGCAACUGAUGGUCAGUUUAUUGAGCCAGUGACAGUUGAUUAUAUCAUAAUACACUCUGGAGAAAGAUAUGACUUCCUUUUGAAAACAAAAGAAGAAGAUUAUCAGCAGACAACGACCAGGCUCUUUAUGAUACGUGCGGUUACAUUAAGCUUCACUACAACAUCAACUUAUUUAGAAGAACAAUCAGCAGAAGCUAUUCUCAAUUACAACAGUGAUGAUACACCAUCCAGUGAAUAUGCAAAUAUCGCAGCUAGAAGUCAAACAGUUAGUCAAAGGUGCACUGAUAGUGAUAAAUGUAUAGCACUCAAUUGUCCAUUCAAGAAUUUUCCAGAUAAUUUCAACAUCAACUGUACUCAUAUUCAUCAAUUGCAACUGCUAACUGACUAUCCUACUAAUGAACUGCCUACCAUCAUUACCGAUCAAAACAGUAACUCAAGGUUAUUCUUCAAUUUCGGUUUUGAAGGAACACGUCAGACCAGUGCAGUUAAUGGACGUAACCUGAAACUACCAUCAGCAUCACUGGCACAACUUGAGGCAAGCGAACUAACUGAUAUUGAAAAUAAAGAGUUCUGCAAAGAAUUGAAUGAGAACAGUAAAUGUGACCGUAAUAAUGAAGUAGAAGUCAUAUCUCAGGAUUGCUACUGUGCUCAUGUUGUUGAUGCAGAGGCUGAUCGUUCCAUUGAAUUAGUAAUAUCAGCCACUGGACCCAAUGUUACAAAUACAGGUAACUUUUUAUUCGCUCAUCCAAUACAUCUUCAUGGACAUUACUUUCAUGUGGUUGAUAUUCAAUUUGGUGGAUACGAUAACAGUGGAAGACUUACUGCUGGUAAUAGUGAUUUAAAUUGUGGAGGUGAUACACUAUGUGUUAGACCUCGCUGGAAACCUAAUAGGGACUACUCUACACGUACAGGAAUGACAGGCAGGGUCUCAUCUAAAGCUCCACUGAAGGAUACUCUGUUAAUACCAGCUGGUGGGUAUGCUGUUGUGUAUUUUAAAACUGAUAAUCCUGGUUGGUGGUUCCUACACUGUCAUAUUGAGGUAGAUCAAUUGGAGGGAAUGGGAGUCAUCAUUAAUGAAGGAGGCUUUAAAACACCACCACCUGGAGGAAUGUAUAAAUGUGGUGAAUACUUUUUGGAACUGGACGAGUUUAAAGCAGCAAUUGCUGUUACUGCAUCACCAACACCAGAACCAUCAGUAACAACAACAACAGAAACAAGGACAAGUAUAUCACAAGUAACACAAACAACAACAGAGGCGGGACCAACAACAACGUCAACAAUAACAAGGACAACAACAGAAACAGGAAUAUUGACAACAACAACAGUAACAGCAACAAAUGCUCCAACAAUGACCACAACAAUAAGAAUAACAGUAACAGCAACACCAACAAGUGGGGGCAUGGAGUCUGGUCGAGGCAAGUAUUCCACAGGGUACAUUAUUGCUAUUGCAAUCGUAUCUCUGUUUCUAGCAGUGAAGCUAUAAUGGUGCUGAUACUAUUGGCCUGACAAUAUAACUCAAACUAAUCUAAUAGUAGUAGUAGCAUUAGUAUAAUAGAGUGUGUGUAAUUAGUACACAUACAUACAUACACAUAGUUAUUGGGUGCACAUUGUAAUGUAUAAUGAACAUUAUUAUUGCAUUAUGUUGUAGCAAGAGUUUAGUAGUUACCAUGUGUAUGUUUCUUUUGUAGUAAGA